CGCACACUUCAAGAAGAGUGAGAAAUAGGGAUUUCCUAGACAUACAGUACAAUCAAUAUGCCAACAGAUCACUUUUCUCCAUGUAAAACUAUACUAUAUUAAUACAUCAAACUACCUAAACUAUUCGCAUUAAACAAAAACCACAUUCCAUGGAGCCCCAAAACCACCAAAUCCCUCCAAGCCAAAACCCUCCUCCUCCGCCCAGUUUCUCAGCCAAAGUUGCAGAACAAGUAAAAUCCAACCUGAUUUUCAAGUCCAAAUGGGCAGAGCUAAAUGGCGCAAUGGGUGACUUGGGCACAUACAUUCCAAUUGUUGUGGCCUUGACUCUCUCGAGGGACUUGAACUUAGGCACGACCUUGAUCUUCACCGGCGUCUACAACAUUAUCACCGGUGCAAUUUACGGUGUCCCUAUGCCAGUCCAGCCCAUGAAGGCCAUUGCCGCCACCGCUCUAGCCAACCCGGAUUUCGGCGUGCCGGAAAUCAUGGCUUCUGGGAUUUUGACAGGUGGAACCAUGGUUGUUUUGGGUGUCACAGGUUUGAUGCAGUUGGUGUACAAGCUGAUCCCUCUCUGCGUUGUGAGGGGGAUUCAAUUGGCACAGGGCUUGUCAUUUGCGUUAACCGCGGUCAAAUACAUAGAAAAAGUCCAAAAUCUCCCCAAAUCUAAGGCUCUGGGAGAGAGGCACUGGUUAGGGUUAGAUGGGUUGGUUUUGGCUAUUGUUUGUCUAGGGUUUAUAGUGCUUGUUAAUGGUGCAGGUGAGGAAGGGCAGGAUGGUCAUACCGAUCAUAUGGGUCCCCGUGGGGAUGAGGAAGAGAGACCCAGCAGAAAGGCAAGGUGGAGGAAAAAAAUAACUUCACUACCUUCAGCUUUUCUGAUUUUUUUGCUGGGUGUGAUUCUGGCUUUUGUGAGGAAGCCAAAGGUUGUGCAUGAAAUUACGUUUGGACCCUCUUCCAUGGAGGUGGUGAAGAUUUCUAGGCAUGCAUGGAAAGAAGGGUUUGUAAAAGGUGCAAUCCCACAACUGCCCUUGUCAAUACUGAACUCAGUGAUUGCUGUGUGCAAAUUAUCAUCUGAUCUUUUCCCAGAGAGGGACUUUUCAGCCACUUCACUUUCAGUGACGGUAGGGUUGAUGAACGUGGUGGGUCCUUGGUUUGGCGCCAUGCCAAGCUGCCAUGGAGCCGGUGGGUUGGCUGGGCAGUACAAGUUUGGGGGGAGGAGUGGUGCGUGUGUGGCUCUGCUGGGUGCGGCUAAAUUGGUGCUGGGUUUGGUCUUGGGGACCUCUUUAGUGAUGAUUCUGAACCAGUUCCCUGUUGGGGUUUUGGGGGUGCUGCUUUUGUUUGCUGGGAUUGAACUAGCCAUGUGUGCUAGGGAUAUGAACACAAAGGAGGAGAGUUUUGUGAUGCUUAUUUGCACUGCAGUUUCACUGGUGGGUUCCAGUGCAGCACUAGGGUUUGCGGUUGGGAUGGUUGUGUAUUUGCUUCUUUGGCUGAGAAAAUUGGGCACCGACAAACCUGAUUCUGUGAUGUCUAUGGAUGCAUGAUCCAUAGAAAGUUGUUUAGGGACUUUAGACUUGUAUUUAUUAGGUGUAGCAAUUGUUCUUCAAGAUGCACGGUUGGGAAGAUGGUGCAGGGUUUAGAAAUUGCGUUUGUAGCGAGUGAGGCAGAUUCUGCAUGACGAGAGCAACUUUCAUACUGUGGGAAACAGUAACAUUGACUUCCCGUAUUAACGAUACAAUGUCAUAUUUAAGCCUUUUUUCGUAUGUCACUAUAUCAUUAGCACAAAAUGCCACUGCGGCGUUGUACA